AUGGUCGGCUCCUGUUGUGGAUCCGUCUGCUCUGGCCAGGGCUGCGGCCAGGAGACCUGCGGCCAGGAGACCUGCUGCCGCCCCAGCUGCUGCCAGACUACCUGCUGCCGCCCAAGCUGCUGUGUGUCCAGCUGCUGCCGCCCCUCUUGCUGUGGCUCCAGCUGUUGCAGGCCCACCUGCUGUCCACCCUCUGGCCACCUCUGUUGCCGCCCCACCUGCUGCCAGACCCCCUGCUGCCGCCCCACCUGCUGCAUUUCCAGCUGCUGCCGCCCGUCCUGCUGUGGCUCCAGCUGCUGCGGCUCCAGCUGCUGCCGCCCAACCUGUUGCAUCUCUAGCUGCUGCCGCCCCACCUGCUGCCAGACCCCCUGCUGCCGCCCCACCUGCUGCAUUUCCAGCUGCUGCCGCCCCUCCUGCUCUGGCUCCAGCUGCUGCGGCUCCAGCUGCUGCAGGCCCACCUGCUGCAUCUCUAGCUGCUGCCGUCCCACCUGCUGCCAGACCCCUUGCUGCCGCCCCACCUGCUGCAUUUCCAGCUGCUGCCGCCCCUCCUGCUGUGGCUCCAGCUGCUGCGGCUCCACCUGCUGCAGGCCCACCUGCUGUCAGACCCCCUGCUGCCGCCCAGUCUGUUCUAGCAGCUCCUGCUGCUGA